AUGGCGCAGCAGCGGGUGCUGCCGCAGAGCAAGGAGACUUUGCUGCAGUCCUACAACAAGCGCCUCAAGGACGACGUCAAGUCCAUCAUGGACAACUUCACCGAAAUCAUCAAGACGGCCAAGAUUGAGGAUGAAACUCAAGUCUCUCGAGCGACCCAGGGUGAACAAGAUAACUAUGAGAUGCAUGUCAGAGCUGCAAACAUUGUCCGAGCUGGUGAGUCCCUGAUGAAACUUGUGUCUGACCUGAAGCAGUUCUUGAUCCUCAAUGAUUUCCCCUCUGUGAAUGAAGCUAUCAACCAGCGCAACCAGCAGCUGAAAAGCUUGCAGGAGGAGUGUGACAAGAAGUUGAUUGCACUACGGGAUGAGAUCUCCAUUGACCUGUACGAGCUAGAAGAAGAAUAUUACUCUUCCAGCUACAGUCUGUGUGACAGCAAUGAUCUUCCACUGUGCGAAGCCUACUGGAGACCAGACUUCGCCACGCUGUCCCCCGAAAGCCUCUCCAUGCCUCUGACAGCUGCCACAGCAGAGCAGAGCGUUGCUACCCCCCAGAGCUCAACCCCAUCGCACCCUCACGUGAACGGGCAUGGGGCAGGCCCCACGGAGCACCCCUGAAGAGGAUCCUCUGCUGCUGGACGUGUUCCUCCUGGCAGCACUGCGCUGCUGGAAGUCUUCCACCUGCUGUACUGAGCAAGCGUCUUCCUGUCGGGAGGACGCACUGGAGCUGUAUUUGCAGGUUUCUGCUCGCUGGAUGGCCACAGUGCUUUCUCCACCCCUGAGACAUUGCCAUGAGUGUUCCUCUCCCUUAAGAGAAUGUGAUAAGUAAAUACAAAGUUGAUUGUUCUAACAAGUUAAGUUAGGUUUGCUUUUACAUUGCAGUUACGUGUAGAGUUCAUUAGAAAUCCAGUUUGUCUCCAUGUGAAUCUCAGUAAGUACACGCUGGAGUUUUGGGAGCUGACUUUGUUUGGGAUAAACUUGAGCCAAAUGUGGGGGCGGUGAGCAUUUUGGGGUUUUUACCCUGCUUCCCAAGGUUACUGACGUUCUGGCUGCUUUAAAGCUCUCUCAGGAUGGCAUCUGACAACCUCCGUUCUACAACUGGAGUAAGAAUCUUGCAGCAUUUUUUACACAGCAGUCUUUGCUGCCAGAAUGCUUCACAAGCUUGAACUUCUUGCUCGCAGUCAUUUGGGAGGAGGCUCCUGGGACACCCUUAUCGAGAAGCAGUAUUAUCCCUUUUAAAAAGGGCAAACUGAGGAAUCGGACUGAGGUAUUGAUGAUGCCACUUGCUCAGGGCCGCAGAGUGAAGCAGUGACACGCUUUAGUUAGUCCGAUUCCUUUGUCAGUGUUUACACAGAAACUUUCUAUUAACAUAGCCUGCGCUAAUGUGAAGCCAGCGUUUAUGUUGGCUAAUAGUUCUGUCUACUAGAAAAAAAUCCUGAGAUGCCUGGGGCGUACGGAGCAGUGAGGGAUACUCGGUUACUCUGGCGGUUUCCUUCCAAAGAAGCACGUUUGGUGCUUUAUCUGCAGCUCUUCAGCAGCUUGGCGCUUCUGUCCUUUCCCUUUGCGGUUGUUCUGCGUUGCCGCAGCUGAAAGGGGCUGUAGCUGAACUGGAAUACGGUCAGGACAGCUCGGUGUGGUGGGCACCGCGGAGCCGUGGGUGCAUUCCCAACGGCUGAGCCGA